AUAUUCACUUUCAAGUAAAAAGCCGAUCAAGCAACAUCGUAUAGAUUUUUGUCUACAUUUAAAAAAAAAAAAACAGUAUAGAAAUGUUUAAUUUUUAUCAACCAAAACCUAAACCGACGAAAUGUUUUUGCGAAUCUUUAAUUGAAUAUUUUGAAACGCUUGGUUAUUAUGAUUUUUUCUUAGUUGGAUUUUGUAUCCUAAUACUAAGCGCCUUUCUACUAUAUCUUUUGCGUGAAACACCCUUAAUGGAUUGGAUCGAACAAGCAGGAAGAGUGGUUAAUAUAAAUGAUGGACGAAGAACAGUUGCAGUACAGACUGCAGUCACAAUCAACACAGGAGAGAUUGAAAAUACUCAGCAGGCAAACAUCAGGGGAAUACAUUGCCGUGAUAAUGGAAAUAAUAUUCAAGACUUUCCAAAUGCAGAAAAUGACACAAAUAUUAAAAAUACAAAAUGCGAGGGAACUAUUAACGUUUCCACUUCAGAUAAAAACAAUUCCUUCAAUAUGAAUAUACAAAAGGAUCAACCCAUUGUGAAACGUGAUAACACCGGGGCCAGCCUAUCUCGUAUUCCUAUUCCUAAACAUGCACAACAAGCAACUGUGAACAAUGCUAAUAUGUGGAACACUAAUUCGGAAAAUGAAGAUCCUCUAACUCAAACCAAUAAGCCGGAAGUCUCGCAGAUCCCUACACUAACUAAACGCAGCCGUUAAAUGAUGCCAUCUCCAAAACCCUUACAUACACGUCAUUAGAUGCCCUUAACAUUAAUUAUUUAUACUUUUGCUAAUAAGUAUAUUUCUCUCAAUUCUAAAUUUCAUCUGUUAUAAAAAUAUUCUGACUUUGUUAAAUACUCUGAAACUGUCUGAAAUUUGAGUGCCUCCUUUUACACGAUUUUCACCAAUAUUCUGUAACUGAAACAAUAACACGACUCCAAUAAUAACACUCCAUGAGAACCCA